CAGCGGAGGGAGAACUUUGAAUUAAUGCCACCGGUUUGUGAGACUUUCCUGAUAUAUAAACAGACAUUUAACAUAUAAACAGACGUUUAACGCAGUGAACUGACCGUCUGGGUGUCUGAAUGGAUCCCACGGAGGAUGUGUCUGCUCGGGUCCUGCUGAAACACAUCCUCAGCACUGAGCCACCCAGGACUCCCAUCACCCGCAGAAGUGCAUCCAACCCACGGAGCAGCAGCGCGACCAGGAGAAGCAGUAGACUGAGCAAGAAGGAUGCCGGUGCCCAAACCCCACAGGACAUCUUGAGACGAAGCCUGAGACAUAAAAUACGCCAGAGUAUAACCAGGCCAUCCCUGCCCGCUACUGAAAAGAGGACCCCCUCUGUCGUGCUCAGAAGGAGAAACACGCCAGCCCCAACCUCAUUGCUGUUUGAUGAUGGAGACACACCGAGGCACAUACUCAGGAACAUCCUGCGAACAGAGCCUGUGAAGUCUCCUGUGGUUCAUGAGAAAGUUGUGUCAGAAGAGCAACACCCAUCUUCAGCAGACUCCAGCAUUAUUAGGAAGCGUCCAAGUAUUGAGCUGUCAGGGUUGGAUUUGCCUGAUAUAACUAUUGCCAACGCACCGAGUACCGCAAAGGGACUGAGCAGAAAGAGACCACGUCGGAGUCUUAAUGUAACAGCUUUUGAAAAGCGUCUUAAAGAUGGAGAAGAUGUAGAGGAGGAAAAUGAAGAAUCAAUAGGCGAUCAUUCAUCACUUUCUUUGUCAAGUUCCACUUCUCUGAGUCUAAAAACACCUUUUGUGGAUGUUCGGACCGAGAAAAAGGGCCUGCAGCGAAGAGUUUCUAACCGUCGAAAAAUCACAGUGGAAGAAUUUGGAGCUGCUGUGAAUAAAAGGCAGACGGGAGGAGUGAGCAGCUUUGUGCAGGUGGAGCAAGGUCUCAGUGAGACCGCCUACUCUGAGGGCUUCACUUUGGGUUUAAGCAAACUCAGUGAACCUGAUAUCACGACUGAUAUCCUCCACUGUAACACGGCUCUCUACGCCCAGCCGGAUGCCAUGACCUCCAGCUUUUCCAUAGUUGCAACUCAGGACAAACCAACGGUGAUGGCGUCACAGCUUCAAAGACAGAUGGAGCAGGAGGAGCUGAUGGAGGUGGAGCACAGCAAGCUGGGGAAAGAUAAAUCAACAUAUGCAUUCCCAACUGAAGAGGGGGCUGAACCUCAGAAUGAGGAGCUUUUGUCUCAGGUGGAGGAAGAUGCGGAUGCAGCUGAAUCUCAAAAGGAGGAAGACACGAGUACAGUUGAUGGUCAACUGGAAGAGGCUGCAGCAAUGUCUGAGUCUGCGGAAGAGCAAGAUAAAGCUGAAUCCCAGACUAGUGGAAAGGAUGAUACAGCCGAGUCUGAGGAAAAGGAGAACAGCGUGGAAGCUCAAACAGAUGCAGGUGACUCUCAAACUGAAGAACAAGAUGCAGCAGAUUCUCACACUGAAGAGGAUGUUCCAACCAGGUCUCAAUCUGAGGAAGAGGAGGCUGCAGCAGACUCUCAAACCGAAGAAGAAGGUGUAGUUGAAUCUCAAACCGAAGAAGAACAAGGUGGAGUUGAUUCCCAGCAUGAAGAGGAAGUUGAAGCCAGGCCUCAGUCUGAGGAAGAGGAGGCUGCAGCAGACUCUCAAACAGAAGAAGAAGGUGCCGUUGAAUCUCAAACCGAAGAAGAACAAGGCGAAGUUGAUUCCCAGCAUGAAGAGGAAGUUGAAGCCAGGCCUCAGUCUGAGGUAGAGGAGGUUGCACCAGACUCUCAGAGCGAAGAAGAAGGUGAAGAUGCAGUUGACUCCCAAAUUGAGGAAGAAGAUGCUGUUGAUCUGCAGUCCUUGGAGGAUGUUGCUGAAUAUCAAAGUGAUCAAGAAGAUUCAGCUGAUAAUUCCCAACCUGAAGAAGAGCAUGAUGGGAGGCCGGAGGAAGAAGAUGCUGAGGCAUCAUUGCAGCUGGAACCUGACUUGGAACACACCAGUCAGAGGGCUCAUCGCUCUGAGGGUGGACUCGUUAUGUCUGUCUCAAGAGCAGGGGGAGAUUUGGCAGACACCACACAGACAGGAUUGUCUGAUGGCAAGUCCAAAGACCACAGCAGCCUGGGAAUGGGAGGCCAUGAGAGCGGUCCGCUUCAUGUUGAGAUCACUGACGUGGCCGAGUCCUCAACCAAACGACAGACGGAUACUUCUUACACAGAGGCCGACUCUGACGCUGAUAAAGAGAACUCCUUCAAUCUUCCGGAGGUGGCCCAUGAUAAUGAAAACGGUCUGAGUGUCGAUUCACCUGAAGAAGAAGCUGCUCAGGAUCCAGCUGAGCAGGAGGAAGAGUGGGAGGAUGACCAGGAUGAUGAAGACAGUGAUGAGAUCCCCAGCAAGACUCCUGCAUUUGUCAGACAGAAAACCAACUUUUUUCAGCCCAAUCUUCUGGACUCACCUUCUGUUUUUAAGAAUAUUCAAGCCAGUAGCACAGGUGACGGUUUUCCUGCACCUAAACCAAAGCAGGUGAGAAAGAGGAGGAAAGGGCCGGCUAAAACGAAAACAGACCUUCCUAAGAGCUACCUGAUGUCCGUGUUCAAGCACUUCGCCAAAACAAAGGUCUCUGCAGAUGUUUACCCCGUCCUAAAAGAAAUAAUGGAUAAAUACUUUGACCGGCUGGCAGAGGACUUGGAGACAUAUGCUGGUCAUGCAAAGAGAACAACCAUAGAGAUUGAAGAUGCUGAACUUCUGUUGAAAAGGCAGGGUUAUGUGAAUGACAAGGUGCCAGUGGAAGUGCUCAUUGAAAAAUAUCUUCGCAUGGACCAGCGCAAGCUCCUGAUCCCUAUUGCAACCAGUGGAAAUGUUGUUAUCCCUAAAAAGCGGAGAUGAAUGUUUUAUAUACAGCUACAUUUUUUGUCUGUGGUUUCAUCUAUUGGACUGCUACAUAUUUGACUAACACUGCAUUUGAUUUGAACAAGUGAUGUCUCCAUUUCAUUUUGUUAAUCAGAACAUUAAGGUUUCUGUAAAUGUGUAAAUAUUUGUUACAUCUGUAUUACUAUACUGUUUGGGGUUAUGUGUAAUUAUAAUAUAUCUGUAUGAAAUGCUGCCAUUGGCUCAUUUAUCAUUUUGUGUGCAGGCUUCAAAAACUAAGAGAUGUUGAAAUAAAGUUCUUUGCUUCCCAUUUUAAUGAUAAUUUGACACCUUUUUACUGUAGUAUUCCUCUGCUGAGCUACUUUGUUGACCCAUGUGAACAAAUAAGAUAAAGAC